AUGAUUCUCUUCAAGCACCCCAGGCUACCUGUGAUGAAGAACAUUUAUGUUUUACCGUUUCACCGCAACGUUUGGUUUUGUUGUAUCGCUUUAUUCUUCAUAUGUUUUGGUUUACUCCUCGCUGCCACGGUAAGUUACCCCGGAGUGUUUGAGGCACACACUUACUCUACUUCCACGGACAUACUCACCCUUCUGAUCGGAGUUGCUAGUCAACAAGGAAUAGACCUUGGAGCUCGCUCUCCUUCUACCAGGAUGGUAUUACUUCUCUUUUCCAUCUGCUCUCUUUUUCUGAGCACCUCAUAUUCCGCCAACAUCGUGGCGCUCAUCCAGAGUGGUGCCGAGACAAUAACGACCGUUGCAGAUCUGAUCCAAUCACCUCUGAGCUUCGCAGUGCAAGAUGUACCCUUUGUAAAGAACUAUCUGAAAGAAAAGUGCGGACUUAGCGAACUUCAUGUCUACACUUAUCCCCGAUACUCUAUCCCAGUUAUGAAGGAUUCAGGAUAUAGAAACCUUUUUACUUCCAGUUUGAGCCGGCAGCGGGAAUGUGGAUUAAUCAGAAGAGCUGAACAAAAGGUCCUUGAAAGGAAACCAGCUUGCACGGCCAAAGACAGUGGUUUUGUGAGUGUUACCUUUGGCGAUUUUCUUCCUGGGCUUUUGGUGCUAUGCUGGGGCAUGGCAGCUGCCUUCAUUGCACUUUUAGUUGAGAUAACUACUAGUAAAUGCAACUUGAUGGCUAAGAGAGAGAAGAGGAAAGAGAAAUAAUUGUAUGGCCUUUCUUAAUGAUAUUUAAAAGAAUUACGAAAAAUAAUGAAACACUUACAAUAUCAUAUGAAAACAUUUCCAAUAAAGUGUCAAAGAGCACCUUUAAUAUUAAUAUAAAAAAAACUUAAAGUUUUGGUUGUUUGUAUGAUUCAUAUGAUAAUAUUAGAAAAUUAAAAUUAAAUAUUUUUAAUUAGAGAACUACAAUAAAAU